AUGUCACCUACCGCUCCCCCGACCGAGCCCACAACCCGCGACUAUUACGCCGACCUCGGCAUCCCCUUCACCGCGUCCACCGCAGCCAUCCGUCGCGCGUACCACCGGCGAGCGCAGGAGACGCAUCCGGACAAGAUCGCUCCGGGUCAGACCAUUGACGCGGUCGAGUUCCGCCAGGUCCAGACCGCGUAUUCGGUUCUCUCCUCCCCUAUCCAGAGGCUCUUCUACGACAAUGAAUACGCCUACGUCGCGCAGCAAUGGGCCGAGUAUAGGGCCAGUGUGCUUUUGUGGCAGCAGGACGAGGAGAGGAGGCGGAGGGAGGUUGAGAUGGAGAGGGAGAAGGCAAGUGCAAUCGCGACGAGGACCAAGGAAGAGGCUGAAGGGAGAGAGAGACUAGGUGCGGUUUUCGCUGCUGGUGACAAUGGGGUUGGAGAGCUGGGUGAGGGUUUUGGGCAGGAGAAGAACGGGGAGAGGGACGAGGAGGAUGAGAAAGAAGGAGAGGUUGAGAACGGGGAAGAGAAGGAGGGAGAGGAGGAGGAGGAGGAGGAGGAGGAGGAGGAGGAUAAGGAAGAAGAAGAAGAGGAGGAGGGGGAUACAAGCGACUGGAACCAGGGCGCCUGGGUGAACUGGGAAAUCAGGCAGCACGUGAAGAAUGCCUCCGUGCUUGGGUAUUUUCCCACGGAGGCGGAAUUACGUCAAGUAUCAAAGGAGGAAGGAACAUACCUAUCCUACACCGCUGCACUUGACACGCGUCGUUAAGUAAAAGUGUACUUCCCUAACCGGGAAUCCCGUCUCACACAAUACAUCUAGAUGGGCGAGGAGAAAGGACCUAGGAGUAUACAGCCAGAUCCGCGAGAGGGCCGCGGCCAGGGCGAAUAACGAUCUUCCUUGAUCUAUUCCGCAACUCUCACAGCAAGAGUCGUUGCGCGAGGGGCACAUACUUUUAUGCCAACGAAGCUAGUAAACAUAAGCCUUGACUGCGAAUGAAGCAUACGCUCUACAAUGAUCUUACAGAAAGAGCUUGACUCUUUACAUCCUGUGUCUCAGACAUAGUUCGUUGGGAUGAAGAUUGAGUUGGAUGGCAAAGAUUGCCCCGGGUAUCGGACGCCUAGUUCCACAUGUAAUACUCCACGAGAAGGCGGAGCCCAAGGCCGCCGUUGCAAAACAAGGAGAAAAGGAGAUGA